GUCGGGUAAAACACUCGCUCUGACUUGUAGACAGACCACGCCUGAAACAAGGGGCGUAGAAGGAAUUUCUACUUUUCCACCAGUGAACAACAUCCCAACUAUUUUCCUCAUUUCACUGUGUCGACGCAGUCAGUCACCCGACCCGAAGAGAGGACAAGGACAAGGACAAUGGCUGGAGUGGCAUCAACGUUGGCCAAGAAGAGGGCUUUGGCCGCAGGAUUUGGCACUAAUGCCAAUGCGUCGAAGUACCUAAACCAGGACUUCGAGUCUCUGAGGAGCGAGUGUCUGAGUAGAGGUUCACUUUUCACGGAUUCCACUUUUCCAGCAGAACCUGCGUCCUUGGGAUUCAAUGAGCUUGGGCCGAGAUCUUCUAAAACCAGAGGUGUGCAAUGGAAACGACCUGGGGAGCUGGUGUCCAGGCCAGAGUUCAUCGUUGGCGGAGCCUCAAGAACUGACAUCUGCCAAGGCGGCUUGGGUGACUGCUGGCUCCUGGCGGCCAUCGCCUCUCUGACCCUGAAUGAAGAUGUCAUGGCCCGGGUUGUUCCUGCAGGACAAGGCUUUGGACGUGGAGAGUACGCUGGGAUCUUUCACUUCCAGUUCUGGCAGUUUGGCGAGUGGGUGGACGUGGUGGUUGAUGACCGGCUGCCAACGAAGGAUGGAGAGCUGCUGUUCGUCCACUCAGCCGAGGGCUCUGAGUUCUGGAGCGCCCUGCUGGAGAAGGCCUACGCCAAGGUGAAUGGAUGCUAUGAGGCUCUGUCCGGAGGCUCUACCACUGAGGGCUUUGAGGACUUUACAGGAGGGAUAGCAGAGAACUAUGACCUGAAGAAGGCUCCCUCCAACAUGUUCCAGAUCAUCGGGAAAGCUCUGGCGUCUGGAGCUCUGCUGGGCUGCUCCAUCGACAUCACCAGUCAGGCAGACUCAGAGGCCAUCACCAAUCAGAAGCUGGUGAAAGGACACGCCUACUCUCUGACUGGGGCUAUCGAGGUGAACUACCGUGGCCGGAAGGAGAAGCUGGUCAGGGUGCGUAACCCCUGGGGAACAGUGGAGUGGACCGGGGCCUGGAGUGACAACUCCUCUGAGUGGAACAGCGUGGAUGUUUCUGAACGGGACAACGUGAAGGCAGACGAUGGAGAGUUCUGGAUGUCCUUCUCUGACUUCACGAGGCACUACCAUCGUCUGGAGCUCUGCACUCUGACCCCAGACACACUGACCACUGAUGACGUUAAACACUGGAGCGUGUCUAACUACGACGGGGCCUGGAGGAAAGGAUCGACCGCUGGAGGAUGCAGGAACAAUCCCUACACGUUCUGGAUGAAUCCCCAGUUCAAGAUCAAGCUGGAGGAAGAGGAUGACGACCCGGGGGAUGAUGAGGUGGGCUGUAGCUUCGUGGUGGGACUCAUCCAGAAGAACAGAAGACGGAUGAGAAAAGCGGGAGAGGACAUGCACACCAUCGGAUUCGCCAUCUAUGAGGUGCCAGAACAGUUCCACGGCCAGAGGGAGGUCCACCUGGAUAAGAACUACUUCCUGUCUCACGCUCAGACGGCCCGUUCAGAGACCUUCAUCAACCUGAGAGAGGUCAGCACCCGCUUCAAACUGCCCCCUGGAGAAUACCUCAUCGUCCCUUCCACCUUCGAAGCCAACCUGAACGGUGACUUCUGCCUUAGAGUGUUCUCCGAGAAACAGGCCGAGACACUGCCCUGUGACGACCCGGUUAAGGCAGAACUAGAGGAUGAUACAGUACCCGAGGGGGAGGUUGAUGCUGGCUUCAGGGGCCUGUUCACUAAGCUAGCUGGAGAUGAUAUGGAGAUUUCAGCAUCUGAGCUCAGGAGUAUUUUCAACAAAAUCGUUGCUAAGCGAACUGACAUAAAGACGGACGGCUUCAGCCUAGACACAGCCAGAAUCAUGGUCAACCUCAUGGAUGACAGCGGUAACGGCAAACUGGGUCUGGGAGAAUUUGCAACACUGUGGAAGAAGAUUCAGAAAUACCUGUCCAUCUAUAAGAGCAAUGACAUGGAUGGUUCUGGCUGUAUGAGCACACCAGAGAUGAGGAUGGCCUUGAACAAAGCAGGUUUCAGCCUGAACAACACUCUCCACCAGGUUUUGGCAGCUCGGUAUGGAGAGGCCGACAUGACCAUUGACUUUGAUAACUUCGUGGCUUGCGUCAUGCGCCUGGAGAUGAUGUUCAAAGUCUUCAAGAAGCUUGACAUGGAUGACACUGGCUUCAUUGAAUUGGAUUUCUUUCAGUGGUUGUCAUUUUCCAUGAUCUAGAAGAUGGCAGCACAAGACCGUUCUCUCAAAGACCAGUCCUCCCAAAGACCAGUCCUCCCAAAGACCAGUCCUCCCAAAGACCAGUUCUCCCAAAGACCAGUCCUCCCAAAGACCAGUUCUCCCAAAGACCAGUUCUCCCAAAGACCAGUUCUCCCAAAGACCAGUUCUCUCAAAGACCAGUUCUCUCAAAGACCAGUUCUCUCAAAGACCUGUUCUCUCAGACCGUUCUCUCAAAGACUGUUCUCCCAAAAACCGUUCUCUCUCCCAGCUACAAAUAAACCAAAGUGGCUUUUCGAGAUGUUUCUUUUGACACACACUUUAUUACGUAACAGAAUGUUUUAAAGCUUAAUUUUAUGUUUUAUUUGUUUUAUUAGACAAAGACUAUUGAGAACUGCAGAUUAUAACCUAAACCUACUUUUGUGUUGAAAUGUAAGACGACAUUUCAAUCCUUUUUUUUAUGCAGCUUUUUUGUUACUUAUAGUUGUGUGUCCUUUUCACCAAAGAUAUAUGUGUUAAUAAAUAGCAUUGUUUUCCCAGUC